AUGGGCUGGGAGAUGAAAUCCCUGCGGCUAUCUCAACUCUUUGUACAGGCCGGCGACUCGGCCGUGCGACCGAAUAAGACGGGCAAGACGGAUCACGUCGUGGAGGCAGGUCUUGCAGAAGAGCCUCGAGCGACCCGAGUCAACAGAAGAGGCACUGGUUGCGGCGAACCCGCUACCACGGCGGCGGAUGGUCCUACUGCUGCGGCGAAGAUCCCUCCAUGGAAUCCGAUCGAGAGGUACUGGUCUGACAAGAACUCCUUCCCCGACUAUGGGAAACCAGGAGACGCAAACAUGAAUGACCGCCUCAAGAAACUCAGCCAAAGCUUCGCCUUCGGAAACUGGCUCAACGGCCCAAUUCCUCAGCCAGAAGCGCCCGCUAAGACCCAGAAACGUCUCAACGACUUCGCCCACGAGAAUACCCCGAAGCGACCGCGAACCGAGGACGAUACGGGCCACGACAUCCGCUCCACACCUAGCAGCUCCGGACUGCCCGAGAGAUCUGUCGCGGCCAGCAGCGCCCAAAGGAAAGGAGCCCACGAUGCCCUGAGUCUACGAUCAAGUGCCGAUAGGUCCGCGAACGGCAAGGGACUCGAAGAGUAUCGCAGCACAGAGCACAGGGGAGGCAUUAGAAAAAGCACACGGCCGAGGAGGAGGGAUAAAGCACGGCGCUCUUCCGGCGGCCUUGCAGACGGUGCCUCUGAGGCGUGCUUGCAGAAGACAAAUUUGUCAGCGCGAUACAAAUCACGGAAUAAUCUUCUGUCUCUUCGAAAGCCCUCGGACGAUCCUAUCCAGGACGACGAAGAACUAGAGGUGACGAACGGCCCAGUAGCUCGCGCAUCUGUGAUCAACGGCCGGGCGAAUGCGAAGACAGCAACAGGGAAUGCUGUCUACACAGCCUCGAAAUUCACAAGCGUCGACGAAAGCGACGACGAGCUGAGUGCAGACCAGCCGGCUCAUGUCAACCCCAGGUCCCAAAGACAGACCGGGUCAGUGAGCCAAGCUACGAAUGGAAGAAAGCGUCCAACCGAGAUCGUAAUCGACGAGGAAUCGCAGAUCUUACCCGCAGCCAAACGGCGGACACAAUCUUCGAAUCGCGCCGAUAUGCGUAGAACGAAUUUCGCCUCUGGAGCUGCACGAGUUGGAGAUGAUUGUGGCGGGCUUCAAGUCAUUAAGGCUGUCUGCGAACCCACUUACGUGUAUCCAGCUGAUGGAGGCAUGCACGGAGAUCUUAAGGGCGCAAGCAAUAAGUCCUGUCUUCUGAUCUCACGUACGGACGUGAAUUCGCCUUUCGAAGCUGUCGAUGCUGUGUCCAGAGAGCCAAUACCCGAUCUCGAAUGGUUGACGCCCAAGAUUUCCAAGGUCACGCAAAUUUCGUGCGCCCGAAAUUCAAUGGUUGUCAAGAUAGUGAAGUCUUCGGACACGACUGCAGUGUUGAAGACAGGGGCAGUCAUGUUCUUACAAUUUCGCAACGCUCACCAGGAACAAUUUGUGACCCGGUGCUGCAAGAUCCGUGGCAUCGAUGCCAGGGACAACAUGGCUAUCGGCACUCUUGUCAAGGAGAUGGACCACAAGAUUGAACAAAUUGCAGCAUACAACGAAGCGAAAGCGAAGGAAGUAGCUGACACCGAUGUGCAAUACUUGGAGCAUAAAGAGUCCACGACCAAUCGUAGCAAUCCGAAAUCGUCAGUCCGGUUGGCAAGGCCGGUGACAUCAUCUUCACAGCAAGCUGUCGAUAAAAGGCCGAUUCGACAGCAAAUGAGGACUGAUGCCUCAGCUUUGGCCGAGGGAAAAACUCAACCCAAGGUCCUUGCGCACGGAGCAACGUCUAUGACACCCGAGCAAGUGAAGCAACUGCGAGAGGACUUUGGUGACGAGAGUCAGUCAGAGUAUCAACCACGGCGGAUUGUGCGCAAUGAGGAAAAGUGGCAGACCCCUUCUCGGGCAGGCACCUCUCAGCCCGAGCUGCGGUCCCAGCGAAAUCUUCGAUCGGCGGGCCCCAAGCCCAAAAGCCCCUCUCCAGCGGUCGAAAGAUGGACGGACAAGCAUCCUAACUGGGCCGAUGAUUGGAAAAUCGAUCUCGUGUACGAACGUACAGUCGUCGGCAAAAGCGACGUGGAACGACUCGACGAGGGCCAGCUAUUGAAUGAUGAAAUCAUCACGUUUUAUAUCAAAUUCCUUCACAAGCAACUGGAGGAUAGAGAUGAACAGCUGGCUAAAAAGGUCUACUGCUUCAAUUCUUUCUUCUGGGAGAAGCUGAAGCCAAAACGAGGGACAGUCAACUACGAAGGCGUCAAAAACUGGACAGCCAAAGUUGAUCUUCUUUCGUUCGACUACAUCAUCGUGCCAAUCAAUGAGCACGCACAUUGGUAUGUCGCUAUCAUUUGCAAUGCAAGGGAGCUCCUUUCAUCCCAAGAGACCGCAUCGGAAGCAGAUGAGCCUGGCUUGGAUAAGCCUCAAGAUGAGGCGGAGGCCGUCCGAGAGGAUGAGGUGUCAGAGGUGUCAGCCAAUGACACCAUGAAGAAGAUCGCCGUCGAUGUCAGCCACAUCUCGAUCGAGGACGAACCAGCCGAAACUGCGUCAAAACAGCAGGAAGACAGGAGAACGGCUGCUGCGAAGAAGACGAAAGCCCCAAAGAAAGGUAACCAACGGAAGUACGACCCUAAAGCAACAAGGGUGAUUACCCUUGAUUCAUUAGAUGGCACGCACUCGGCGGUCAGCACCGCGCUGAAGAUUUAUCUGCAGCACGAGAUCGAGGCCAAGAAGGGGCUGCGUGUCGAGGCCCCUGCUACCAUCGGAAUGAGUGCACGGGAUAUCCCAACGCAGCCCAACUUCACGGAUUGCGGUGUUUAUCUCCUGGGGUACAUGCGAGAAUUCAUGAAGGACCCGGACAGGUUUGCGACGAACAUCCUGCAGCGUGAGGAGCGAACUUGGAACUUCGAUGCUCCCACGUUACGGAGUGAGAUCCGCGAUCUCAUUUUCAAGCUGCAGAAAGAAUACCAGCAAGAUCAGGAACGAAUGAGGCGUGAGAGGGCUCAGGUCAAGCGUCAAAAGCUUAAGCAGCAGGGCCUGGCGACGACAACAGGGUUACCUUCUCGGUCUUCUGACGAGCCACCUUUUCGACAAUCGCCCGCACCUCCACCAGGCUCAGCGGCAAACUCUCGUCAGGCGACACCCGUACAAGCUGAAAGGAGUUUUUCGCGGCCAGCUGUUGAUCAGGAUAUACGACCAGCUCAUGAAGAGCCUCAGGCUCAUCUGCCACAGCCAACGGCCGGCGACAAAUCUGUCAAUAUCAACAACGUUAGCAUGAUUGUGAAUGUCGACGAGAGCAUCGAGGAGACCAAAGCACACAGCCCUUCGAUCACACCCGCCUCAAAGCCUGUGGAUUCAAUUGAGUUAGAUAGCGGUGACGACGCCCCGGAGCAACCAGCAGCAAGAGGGACACCGUCUACUGGGCACACGCCUCAAAACGCAAGUACCAGGACGGCCACGCCUGGCACUGCUUAUGAUGAUAGGAAAUUUCUGCCGCCGCUAUCAUCAUCAUCGGCUAAAAGCUCACCGGGCAAGGCUGAACCUUCUAAGCGUAGUGCGAAUCGUGAAGGUCUUGAUGUGGUCAAGACUGCAAAUUCUCACUUGGGAAGUAGAUAUGCUCGCAAGCUUGGCACUGCGAAAAGUAAGGUCACGAAGAGCGAAGUCAUUCCGUCCUCGAGUGAAGAAGAAGCUGGAGGCAAGGAAGUCAAGAAGAAGAAGAAGAAGAAGAAGAAGAGCCCUACGAUCGACCUGACCUUGGAAUGA